AUGGGAAUCAAAGGCCUCAUGAAACUGCUGCAAGAGGAAGCCCCGUCCUGCAUCAAAGAGGUGGAAAAGAUGUCGGCCCUAGCAGGUCACACCGUGGCCAUUGAUGCCAGUAUGGCCUUGUACCAGUUCCUCAUUGCCAUUCGAUCUGCAGAUGGCAGUGGAGGGGCUGCCCAAGCCUUGACAAAUGCGGAUGGAGAAGUGACGUCUCACUUGCAAGGGAUGUUCAGUCGGACGGUCCGGAUGAUGGAGAACGGACUCAAGCCCUUGUACGUCUUUGACGGAAAGCCGCCCGUGAUGAAAAGCGGCGAGUUGGCGAAACGAAGUGACCGGCGAGUCGAGGCGCAAAAAGCGCUGGAAGAAGCGACGGAAAAGGGAAUGACGGAAGAUAUUGACCGCUUCAACAAGCGGUUGGUGCGGGCUACACCCCAACAUAAUGAAGACUGCAAGGAGCUGCUUCGACUCAUGGGGGUGCCGCACCUUACAGCUCCAUGUGAAGCUGAAGCUUCUUGUGCGGCGUUGGCCAAGGGCGGACGAGUAUAUGCAGCUGGAACGGAAGACAUGGAUGCCUUGACAUUUGGGGUCCCUGUGCUGUACCGUCGUCUGACGGUAUCACCGGCCAAGAAGGUGCCGAUCUUGGAGAUUCGGCUCGAACGAGCGCUGCAGGAGAUGGGACUGAGUCACGACCAGUUUGUCGACUUGUGCAUCUUGUGUGGGUGUGACUAUUGUGACUCGAUUCGAGGCGUUGGGCCUAAGAAAGCAUAUGCGGGGAUCAAGGAGCACAAGAGCAUUGAGAACUUUGUCGAGGCACUGCAGAAAAGCAAGAGUAAAGGGGUCGUCAUCCCCGAGGAGUGGCUGGGAGGCAACCCGAUCUACAAGAAUGCCCGCGAGAUGUUUCUCCAGCCAGAGGUCGUGAAUGCCGAAGAAGCAGAGAUCAAGUGGCGUGAUCCACAAGAGACAGAGCUGCUCGACUUCUUGGUCAAGAAACACGGGUUUCAGGAAGACCGCGUGCUGGCUGCCAUCACGCGACUGAAAAGGUCCAAGAGCACGCAGUCUCAGAAACGUCUUGAUAGUUUCUUCACGGUGCUGCCGAGUGCUGGGAAAACCGCGAAGAAGCGUACAGCUUCUGUCGCGGCGAAAAAAGGCAAAAAAGCUCCUGCCAAGCGAGGCAAGCAAUAA